GUGGUUUCAAGUCAUUCACAGUCAUUCCGCGACUUCGACGGACCGCAGUAGCGUUGCCCGUAUUUCUCUUCGAAGCUCGCUGGAGGAGAUCUCGCGUCGCUCGCGUCAUUUUUCCCGAGACAAGGGAGUGGAAGGAGAGUUUCCCAUUACGAUUUCGCCGGUCGUUUCCGUGACUACCGUGCGCCAGGAGUGCAUUCGACGAUACGAAAGAAGUUGUCGACGUCGCGCUCGAAGCGCGAUUCUCGAGAACGGGCUUUGUCGCUUCGGAUGAAAGUAAGACGGACAUCGUAAGAGGAUUUAACUUUAUUGCCGUAACGGAUCUUGAAGAAAGUGGAAGUUAACGGAGAGUGAGAGUCUUCGCCUCUCCUUCGAGUCGAGGGACAGUAGAGAGAGAGAGAGAGAGAGAGAGAGAGAGAGAGAGAAGAGAGAGAGCCUGAUCCCGCAGGCCGAUGGUCAGUCAAACGCAUUGAUCGCGAUCCAGGGACAGAUAAUUCUCCACUCCUGUGAAUUCAUUCACUUUAUUUCUCAGUCAGUCAGUCUUGUGUCUGAUAAGAUUGUCAAAGAGUGGACAAUAAAUUAGCGGAUUAUUCUUAGUUCAAUACUCGUCUGAUUGAUCAAAAGAUUCAACAUGGACACCAGUACUGUGCGCUUGGUAAUAUUUUUGGGAAUGUUUCUGAUUUUCGCUGGCGAUUAUAGCGCGUUGGUUUCCACAAUUUUCGGUAAUGCGACAGAGAGGAACAUAACGGAUGGUGCGAAAGAGUCUGAGGCUCAGCUCAAAGGGCCUCACGAUAAGAUACCUGUUCUCUCGAAGAAAGACGUCGAUAAAAAUAACGUUGCCUUACGCCGUGCGAAGAUGAUGGCGACUAUCAAGAGUGCUUGCUUGCCGAAGCUAAUAUGCGAACUCACCAAGUCUAUUCACCAAGAUCAACUAAGUGAAAUGGAGCGAUCUCUUUUGAAUCUUAUAAGGGAUACGAGUCUAAGUACGAUGGCGGAAGUGCCGUCGAGAUAUCACUUUGCAGCUCACAUGGGCCAAUUAAUAUCUGGCAUAGAAGGUCAAGGUUGUCAUAACUUUUAUCCUACUUGUCCGUUGCCGGGCAUCAGCGUUCUGAACAUGAUGAAGAAGGUCCGAUUACGCCGAUGAGCCAUAAAUCAUUGUGACUAUCGGAAUCGACGAUUGUUGAAUCUGUGAUACUGUGGACGCUUUUCUUUUGUUCGCGUUUGCAAGAUUAUUAACAUCGUAGGAAUUCAAUCUGCGCAAUAAUAAAUCGCAUUUUUGGCGAUGCAACAAACAAUGCGCAAGCUUCCGAUGAUGAGGAUAUCAAUUACUGCGAGAAAAAAAUGACAAUUUGUUUUGUAAAUAUUGUUUGAAAUUUUAUUUAAGUAAAAUAAAAAUUUUAAUUCUUGAUUUGAAAUUCUAGAUUAUUGAAACUAGAAAGAUAUAUUUGAGUUAAUAUUAUUGACAUAGGAUUUCUUCAAGUCAGAGUCUGCCAAAAACUUAUCAGACUUUAUAAGUAGUAAAGAUGUAAUCUACUGUUUACUUAUGAAUUAAAAAAUGACAUGUGUGCAUUUUCAUGC